UUUAUAGCUACAAAAAAGAUCAGGAAGCAAAGAUGCAUGUGCCGUCAGGGUGACGCGGGCGGAAAGGGUUGACGCCGGCAGCGGCAAGGUAAACUGAGGGGAGGCGCAGGCCGUCGUUGAUUAGCCGCCCGAGUCGCGCCCGCGCGCGCCGCGCGUUCCCACCCACACGAGAACGAGAGCUCGCACCACACCACACGCCGUUCAAUUCAGCUCAAGCACCAAACAAAAAGACCACCACAACAUCGCAAAGCAUCAAGCGAGCAACCAACCACAGAGGAAAGGAAGAACAAGAACCAAGAAGAAGGCAUGGCGGCGGGUGCCGUGAGCGGGAACUGGAGGAGGCUCCACACGCUGGGCCGCGGCGCGUCGGGCGCCGUGGUGUCCCUCGCGGCGGACGGCGCGUCGGGGGAGCUGUUCGCGGUCAAGUCGGCGGCCGCGGCCCACGCGGCGGCGGCGCUGAGGCGGGAGCGCGGGGUGCUGGCGGGUCUGUCCUCGCCCCACGUCGUGCGCUGCGUCGGCGGCGCCGAGGGCGCGGACGGGUCGUACCAGCUCUUCCUCGAGUACGCCCCCGGCGGGUCGCUCGCCGACGAGGUGGCCCGGAAUGGGGGAUCCCUCGGGGAGCGCGCCGUCCGGGCGUACGCGGCGGACGUGGCGCGCGGGCUGGCGUACCUCCACGCCCGCUCCGUCGUGCACGGGGACGUCAAGGCGCGGAACGUGGUGAUCGGCGCCGACGGCCGCGCCAAGCUCGCGGACUUCGGGAGCGCGAGGGCGCCCGGCUCCGCGCGCGCGAUCGGGGGCACGCCGGCGUUCAUGGCGCCCGAGGUCGCCCGCGGGGAGGAGCAGGGCCCGGCCGCCGACGUCUGGGCGCUCGGGUGCACGGUCAUCGAGAUGGCCACCGGCCGCGCCCCGUGGAGCGACAUGGACGACGUCCUCGCGGCACUCCACCGGAUCGGGUACACGGACGCCGUGCCGGAGGUGCCAUCCUGGCUGUCAGCGGAGGCCAAAGACUUCCUUGCCUGCUGCUUCGCGAGAGACGCCGCCGACCGGUGGACCGCCGCGGAGCUCCUGGAGCAUCCGUUCGUGGCAUUCGCCGGCGCCGACGAGAAGGCCCGGUGGGUGUCCCCCAAGAGCACGCUGGACGCCGCAUUUUGGGAGUCGGAGUCCGACGACGAGGCUGACGAGAUGCCGGAGGACGCGGCGGAGAGGAUCAAGUCGCUGGCGUGCUCCGCCUCGGCGUUCCCCGACUGGGACUGCGAGGAAGGCUGGAUCGAUGUGCUCGGCGAGCAGCAGAGCGAGGUCCAGGUGGCGAGCAGCGCGCCAAGCAAGGUGUCCGGCGUCGCGGCCGUGCCAGCUGGAGGCUUGGCUGUCGGCGGCGGCGUCCUCAGUGAUGAUGAACUGGAAACAGAGGACGUGCCGUUCGCUGGCGAUGCUCCUGCAGCCGAUGCUUCAGUUGGGCGUCAGAGCAAACGCUGUUCGAGUUCAGACUGCCAUGUAGGAGUACUGCCAUUUCAGCUAGUACUUUGCUGUAACGGAGUUAUUAUUGAUGAAAUAAAAUUAUGGCUUCCCACAAAAUUCGCUGUGCUGCUCUGCUUAAUUUUCCUCGUUCAUACUCUGCUCACGCCUAAUUGUUCAUCUGUCUACGAGACAGACCACGAUCGAUGUCUCGACGUCGCAACGGAGGGAAAAUUCCUAUUUAUUCAACUGCCGCUGUGCGUGCCUCCAACGGUGCCGUACCGUGCACUUUGUCUUCUUGUUGCGCUCAUGCUCCGGAACCCUCUGUCCACUCCUUUUUUUUAA